GGACUCGAAAGCGCUUGCCGGAACGAUUGAUAAACCUCGUGCGCCUACCUUGAAACACGAGCACGUCCUACCUAAGUGCUACUUCGACCACGUCACCGUCCCAGACAUCUUCGCUCCGUAUAUUUUCCAAGCCCCUCGCUGGCUUUCCCGGCUACGGUAAUAUGGAGGCGCGCCGCUUGAACCACGACACCAUAUUGACCGACGAUGCCGUCGCGGAGCUUAUGGCAAAAGAGGCGAGCGACACAGCCAUCAAGUACUCUUCAAUGGGCCUUGAAGCCUUCAGGUCAACGAAGUCAGUACUCUCGAAUCCAGACAACGACGUUUAUUGGACCCCGGUAACUCAUGUCACAUAGACCGGCGAACAAGGCGAAGCCGAACACGCGCUUCCUGGGGCGCAUCAUCAAAGAGACGACGAACCAUAAUGCCGCUCUCCUAGCGAAAGAGGCCGCAGAAGCCCAGGCUCGACUCCACAACCUGACCGAAGCCGAGGAGAAGAAACGGCGCAAGACUAACCCCAGUGCCUCGGACCUGAGACGCCGGCAACUGGGCGACAUAUCCUCGAUUUUACAAGGGCGGAAGCGACCGCAUGGGACUGAACGGGACGAGAGCCGGAGGCAAAGAGAUGCUGGCCGGGACAAAGAAGAGCCUCGAUAUCGGUCUCGCGACCGGGAUCACCGACGCAGCAGGCACAGCACGGGACAAGGAGACAAAGAAGAAGGGCAGCGACCGCGCAGAAAGCACGACGACCAAACAACGAGCGACCACCGCCGCCAUAGAGACAGGUCGCGCUCGCCGCGACAGAGGGAUCGCAAGCACCGCGAUCGCUCACCGCUGAGCAGCAGUGACGAGGACAAUCGGCCACGGCACUCAAGGUCACGGCGGGGGAAAUCCGGCAACGAUCAUGAUCUGAUCGCCAGCGAGUCAUCUCAGCGCAAAAGCUACGGACGGUUACUCCGGGAGGGCGACGAAUCCGCAACCACCUCCAAGACUAGCGGGUUGGCCGAGGGAGACGAAUCCGACCCGCUCGAGGAGCUUAUCGGUCCAGCGCCACCGUCAAACCCCCCUAUCAGGACGCGCGGGAGAGGCGCCAUUCGGGGCGCUGCGGCAAUGGACGGUCGGUUUUCCGAAGACUAUGACCCAGCCUCUGACGUGCAACCGGAGGAACCGGCCGCGACCGGCGACUGGGACGAGGCGGUCGAGACAUUCCGAGACCGGCAGAAAUGGAAACAGCAGGGCGCUGAGCGGCUCCGCGCAGCUGGUUUUACCGAAGAGCAGGUCAGGCAGUGGGAAAAAGGCGGGGAGAAGGACAUCGACGAUGUGCGGUGGAGCAAGGCUGGUGAGAAGCGUGAGUGGUAAGUACUGGUUGUCUCCCCUCGGUUUGACGCCACGGCCUGACACAGUUAUUAGGGAUAGGGGCAAAGAGGGCAAUUGUGCUUGAUGAAUAUGGUUGUUGGAUUAUGUGCAUCUCGGCGGCGUUUGGCAUAUUAACUCGACGGUUUGGGGGUAAUUGCAUUUGUAGGUUUGGGUUCCAUGGGACUGGGUUGUAACGGCUCUGGAAAAUGGGAGGCUUCCUAAUAUUUGUGGGAAAGGCGUAGAAAAUGAACGGUCAUGGCAUCGGACAGUAUUUCCCCGGGCAUCGUUUGGUCGUUCAGCCCGGCCGUGG